AUGGAAUCUUUUCAUGAAUUCACCUGGAGAAAAGCUGGUAUUCAUGAAGCAAUCUUAAAUUCCACUUACAAUAUCCAGAAAAACAGUGACUUGAUUCUUGGAGUUGCAGAGAGAUGGUGUCCCGAAACAAAAUCAUUCAUUUUCACUUGGGGUGAGGCAACAAUUACUCUAGAAGAUUUGUUGAUCUCAGGCUAUUCUGUUCUGGGUUGUCCUGUUUCAAACCCUCUUGAAACUGAGGAAUUUAUGGAAACUAAAGAGAAACUGAUUCAAGCAAGACGGGAGUUAGUGAGGACUCCUGCUAAGAAGGCUAGCCAGCAUCAAUGGCUGAACAAGUUCAUAGAUAGUGGUGGAGAAUUGGAACAUGAAGCUUUUCUUUCAUUAUGGUUGUCAAGGUUUGUUUUGCCUGUUUCUCAUGAUGUUAUCUCUGAAUGCGUUUUUUCAGUUGCUAUUCAUUUAGCUAGAGGUACUAGGAUUGCUUUAGCACCGGCUGUUCUUGCAAGUAUUUAUAGAGAUUUAACCUUGUUGAGAAAAAAGAUUGCUGCUUUGUCUGUUAUUUCCAGUAAUGAAGAUACUGAAGAACUUGAAGUAGCUGUGACUAUUUGGUCUCCAUUUCAGUUAGUUCAAGUUUGGAUUUGGGAGAGAUUCAUGAAACUCCAACCCAAGCCUAAUUUGAUGAGUAAUGGUGAGCCAAGGUUGGCUCUGUGGAAUAAUUUGAUAUCCAGCAAAUUUGACAACCUUAGGCUGGUUUUGGACUCAUCUAAAGAGAGCUUUGCUUGGCGGCCGUAUACUAAACCUGUGAAAAACUGGGAGUUCCCCAAGUUUUAUAGGGAGGAGGAAAUGUGGGUGUCGAUGAAUUCGUGUUUGGAUGAAGAGCUAGAGUCGUUUAUUCGGUGUUUGAGAGUUUCCGAGUUAGUUGGAAUGGGAGUUGAUUGUAUAGAACAAUACCUGCCACAUAGAGUGGCAAGACAGUUAGGAUUCGACCAAGAUAUUCCAGAUUUUGUUGCUAGAUCUGAGUAAGACUCAAAAGGAUGCUUGGAGCUGUUACAAUAGAGCACCAAUAAGCGACGAAAAGUGUUAUAUACCCUCUCGUUAUUUCGAGACUGAUGUUACAACUCGGUACUUGGAUUGGUGGAAGCAUUCAGUUUUGGAACA